AAAACAAGCAGACUGACAGACCCGUUUUUUUUUCCCCAGCAUCACGUUCCUCUUCCUGAUUUCCGUCAUGAUCCUCCUCGCUCCGGUCCUGUUUCUGCUGGCUCUCUCUGGAUGUUCCAGUGAAGUCGUACCUGAUUUUACCCAGACGUGCCCUCAAUUCUUUGCUGAUCCAGGAGGAACUCUGUCUCCUCCAACUAUAUUUACAGAAAAUAAUUACAAACAAAUCUGCCAAAUGCGAUUUAACACACAUGAAUUUGCAACACUGUAUGACACAGCAAACAGGAUCCCUGUGUACUCAGCCUACAGGUUUGAAGGUAUAAUGGGUUGUAAAAGAACAGAAACUUGGUAUAUUGAACCCCAGCUUGAAGUUCUCGGCCCAAAGAUGGCAACUGAAGCCAGCAAGCUCCAGAUACAAAAUCAGGCUGUUAAAAAAGACUAUGAAUAUUCAGGCUAUGACAGAGGACAUCUGGCUCCAGUCUACCACGCCAGGUCACAGAACUGCAGUUACGCCACCUUCACCCUCACCAACGCUGCUCCACAAAACAGAUCUUUCAACAACGAUCAGUGGAAGAAGACAGAGGAAGCUGUGGCUAAAACUCUGAACAGUACAUGCUUACCAAAUUCGGCCUAUAUUGUCACCGGGGUGGUUCCAGGCCCUAAUACUCUAAAGAAUAGAGUUCGUAUUCCCAGUCACUUCUGGACGGCUUACUGCUGUCUAGACAACAAUCAGCAAGUGGUAGAUUCACAUGGUUUCUUAGGAGAGAACAUAAAUGAUCCAGUGCAGAAUAUGACAGUCAGUGAGCUAGAAGAAAAGCUGACUGAUUUGUAUGGAAAAGGGGAUUUCCGCAUAUUUGGGGAGAAGUGUACUAAAAUCAGCAGCAGUAUUCAUAGGUUCUACUCAUAUGAUGAUUUGGGGUGGUAUGAUGCAUUUUGAUGUUGCCAAAGAAGGCAUUUAACUGCAGAAGAUUUUCAGACAUGCAUUGAAAGGCUCAUGCAUCGCAGAAAGGUGUUCUCAGAGUGGGAAACUUAAAGAAAACAUUGGUUAAUAUCAGAAUCUUCAUGAAAACUGUGUUAAGUGAGGUCUAAGAAGAAUUUCUUUUUUAGGAACGGUUGGUAAAUGAGGCCCAUUGUUCUUAUGUUCUUAUGUAUUAUUUGCCUUUUUUUUAAUGAAUCACUAACAGUACAUACAAAAGAUGAAAAAUCAUACAAAUUGUGCAUUAACCCUUAUCUAUGAAAGAGAAAAUGAUUAUUUGCUCUUAACAUCAUGGUAAAUCCAUCUAUGCGUCUUGUGCAUUUUCCUCAAUACAAAGUAUGGAACAUUUAAAAAGCUUUCAACUUCAUUUAGCCUUUUUAAAACUUUGGGCACUCCUGGUCAAGUGAAAUGUUUUGUUGAUGUUCUAAGUGAAAAUAAGUGAA